UGGCUUUUACUGAUUCCAUUCAUAUAUUCUGUGAUAGUAACACAGUGCGUGUGGCUAAUGCUAUAGUUUUAGUUUUGCGUCCCAGUGAGAAAGGAAAGGUGUGGUGUGUGUUUUUUUUGUGACGAAACGUCCUCUCGAGGGGUCAGGCACAAAGCAAAAGUCACGGUGCCCAACAGUGCAUUUGUUCUUUGAAGAAGACGAAGAGGAAGUUCGAAAAUCGACGGUUGAACGCGUUUAUAAGGAACAUUUUUGGCUGGCUGCUUGAAGGAGUGAAAGAGGCGCGCGCGAAUGUAUGUGUAAAUAAGCGUUGCGGAAAAGGCGUCAGUGUAUGAAAGUGAAAGUGCAAAAAAGCAACAAAGUAAACAAAAAACACAAAACGAUAGGAAUCAAAACGAGAGCUGUGAAGAGAGAACGAGAGACUACUACUGCAGGGCGCGAUGACAAAUUCGCACAACCGUAAUGGGCGGAAUGCUGGCAGUGGCAACCAUGCCGAGCGAUACUUCCACAACCACAGCCCCCAGCAGCUGAGCCCCUCGGCUCAGCAGAUGCACCAGGGCGGUGGUGGAAACGGUGGAAGCGCCACCAAGCAGCAGCGCGGUGUCAACGGCGGAGCAAACGGAGGUGGCGGUGGCGGUAACCGCAGCCAGCGGUCACCGAGCGCACACUACUUCCGCAGUAUUGUCUCCGCCUCCAACACAAUACCGAUAGUACAACAACAGCAGCAGCAGCAGCAGCAGCAGCAGCAGAGGCAACCAUCGUACUCUCCGACCGGUGGACGAGCAGCAGGAGGCGGCGGUGGUGGUCGCCAUAGCAACAACAGCAACAGCAGCUCAAACAGCUUUAAUCAACGCUCCAGUCCGAGCAAUCACAGUGGUGGCAGCUUCCCGAUGAUGAUGUCCUCGCCGAUGGGAGCUGGUGCUGCUGGGCCUGUAUCAGGUUCGCCGCCCAACUUUUCCCACUUUGCCGGCAGCAAGUGCUACGAUGCGCCCGCACCCACCGCGCUGCCGAAGCCUCCCGUCCACUGGACAACCGUCGGUGGCGGCAGCAACAGCAACAGUAGCGUUAGCAGUUCCUUCUCGUCGAUGAUGAUGAUGGCGGGCGGCGGUUCGUCCGCGCAAACGACCGUGGCCGGUGGUCACGGCAGCAACAGCAAAAAGGGGGCGGCAGGAUCCUCCUCCAACAAUGGGACGACGCUAAAGCAGCACCAGCAGCAGUACCACCCGCAGCAGCCGCGGCUGCGAACGAAGGCGAUGAAGUCGUGCGCGUCGGCUGCGGCCAAGGCAAACAAUCGUCAUGCCGCCUUCACGCACAAUCUGAAAACGAUUCUCAACGUGCAGGCUUAACAACCCGUCGUCACCGUACCCCAGAGCGGCCAGCACAGCAGCAGCAGCAGCAGCAGUAGCAGUGAUAGUGUAGAACAUGCAAGUACAACGACAACGACGACGACGACGACGACGAGCAGAAGAAGUGAGAAUGAUGAUACGGUAAUGACGAGUGUUUCGUCAACGGUUGGCAGAUGUGCCGACAAGAAGCAGCAAACGACGACGAUACGACGGGAAGAUGGGCCACGAUCAUCGCGCCAACGGAAACGUAAUCGACGGAAGAAAGUGAAGCAGCAGCAACAGUAGAAUCAGCAUAAAGUUGAUGCAAAGUUUGCGCGUAAUGUACGCCUUUUUUCCUAUCAAGAUAUCAAGAUGAAAGCAGCAGAUGCGGAAAAACCGGAACCAAAGGCGGCGCACGCAGUAAGAGAAAGGGAGACUCGCAAAAAGACCGAGAAGACCAAGCAAGAAGAUGCAAAUGGGGAGAGACUUGCGUGAAAUCGACGUACAAUGACCUCCAGCAACUAUCGCGCAAAAAGGCUCGUCAUAUACUGUGUAGAAAGGGGAUGUAGCGUGUGGUUUAAAAGGGCCCCGUGACAACAUCCAGCCCUACCCAAGAAAGUCAUCUGCCUCGUGUGCUGCGAGAGAUACGUGUGCGUGUGUGUGUCAUUGGUGUCAGACCGAGUUUACGAGAUCCUGUUUUCUCCCUUAAGUCGUCCUUCACUGGUAAAGGGAAACCCGUUUGCUUUAAAAGUCUUCUGAAGUCGUCUGCAACAUCCGGACAAAUGGUCCCUUCCCGCUGGUACAAUCUCGUGCGAGGAGGAACCGCGUGUCUUCCUCGUGUCGCCAACAUUCUGACCGCCGUAGUCUCUAUGCCAGUGCGCGACGCUUCGUCUCUCGACUGUGUGUCGCCUUCCGCAGUUUUGUCGGCACGAUCAUCAACCGUACAAACAAACACUCAGCUAGCGGCAACGAUCAUCGGCCGCCGAAUCGUCGUCAGUGCCGUCGUCAGCAACGUGUGUAUGAUCUCGUUCGCUCGUAACGCCCUGCUGUUGAUGCUGUUGUGCCAAGUGCCGCCAGCAAUGUUUGCAUCAGUGCAAGCCAUCAAGGGAGAGAAAGAGGCGUAUCAUCGGCAACCGUAGAAGGGCAGAACAAAAAGAGAGAUAUCGAAACAGGAGCAGUAGUCUUACGUGUAUGUAUGUAAAGGAAUCCUUAUAUGACUAUAUGAUUUUUUUUUUCGUUUUGGAUUGUUCUGAUUACGGUAUAUAAUGAUCGAGUUAAAAUACUUUUACUUUUGAAACGAUCCAUUACGAGACGUGAAAGGACGUGACGAUAAUUAUAGAUGUGACAGGGACGGACAGGAGGAGGUACUAGGAGAUACGCGCAAACCACUAGCAGUAGGAGACAGGAGGAGCUAGGCGCGAGAUGACGGCAGCAGCAAAGGAGCGAGCUCUGCUGUGUCCGUGAAACGUAGGAAUAGGAUAGGAUACUGCUGUUGGCUGGCGAAAAUUUUAAGUACCCAGGGAAGGGCAGACAGGAAGCGUUUCGGAGUUUUGUUUGGAGCUUGCAAACCAGACGAAUGAUGGUGCAUUUUGGAAUCUUUCCUAGCAUAUAGCUGCCAAGCAGGAGAAAGAAGACAGGCAGUGUUUCCACAACAGAGCACACAAAGGGAAAGGGGCGGGAAUGCAUGAAUCGUGUGUGGGUGGGUGGAUGUUUGCUUCCUUGGCGACGACACUGAUACGUGUCGCCUCCGAUCACCUUUUCCGUCGUUCCGUUUUUCGGCCAUACUCUCUACCUACUCUAGCAGGGCCCCGCACGUAAAGUAAAAAGGUAGUGGACGCGAGCGCCUCCAAAGCCCUCUGCGCCUCGGAUGUGUGUGUGUUUGCCUCGGACAAUCCAGCAGGGAAGCGCGAUUUGUUGAUGUUUUUUUUAUAUAUUAUCUUUUCGAUAAGAUAUUUCUACAUUUUAAGUGCGUUUUAAUACUAGUUGUAUCUACCUUCAUGUGUACUUUGUACGCCCCAAAACUGAUUUGGUGCCAAGCAUAAUGAGAGUGAUGUGAUGAUAUUCGAUCGAGAUCUGUUCGACGAUUGUUUUGCAAAAAAAACCCCGAAAUAGUUUCUGGCCUGAUGAAUUUCUUUUGUGUACUAUUUUUGUUUCCUUGCUCACUAUUACGAUCCUUCGGGGGAGAGAGGAAAAGGUACACAGAACCGCCAAGGGCAUUACUUUUUGGAACUCGCUUCAAGCUGACCAACUUUCUGGGAUUGGCUAAGAGCCGGAUGUGCUCUUAAGUUCACCUUUCCUUGCUAUUUUCUAUUAAGUCGUUACAUGCAAACACUUUCCACAACAUUGCCCAGAGAGUAGCUUAAGUCUUCUCUCGACGAACAGGCAAGAGCGCAGCAACCCACACCACCAAUUUCGCUUAAGUUUGAACGCAAACCAACCACACACAAACAACACGAUCCUUCCGUACGAUCACCGACCGAUCAUUCAUAGCGAUAGAAGCGGACGUUUAGAUUGGGCGUAAUGGAUUGUUGUUUUUUUUUUGUUUUUGUUUUGUUCUCUUUUUAAGAAAACGGUGAUAUAAAUUUGAAUUUUAAGAAACAGAUUUUCUAUGCUAAAUCGAAUACAUGGACACAUAAAUACCGCGCACAUGCCCGGUUUGUGUGUAUAAUUAGAAGAAGAUGUAAUAAGCCGGCCCGGCCGCCCCGCCCCCCCUAAGUGGUGGCGGGUUGGUGGUGGUACCCACGUUUCAAUUGUACAAAAAGGAUAAGAAAAAUCACAGAACAAAAUUUGCACACCACCCAAGAAGCUCUCAGCAGACGAAGAUGUGUGAGUGUGUGUCGCAUGGAGGAGUAAUGUACCGUCAGUAGCGCGCGGCCAACAGUUUUUUUUGGGCCCUAAUAACGGAGAUUGGCAAAACAUAGCGGAGGAAAACAGGUUCUUUGGAGAGAAUCUAGACACACACGCACACACACGCUACACACACACACACUUAUGUCCAAAAAGACUCCAGUGGGAAAUUCAACGACUUCCCGUGCGUGUACCUGGGCGGGUUUUUCUUUCCAAGACUUUACCGAUGGUGGACAUUUGCUGCUCGGAGGUACAGAGCUAACCUUUUUUUUUAACUUCAGAAAUUUCGUGCAAUAUACGCCACAGCCGUUUUGGGCAAAUUUAUUUUUGGGCUUCUGCAGUGCAGAACGAUUCAUAAACGAUCAAAUGAACAAUUGUAAAUAUGAUGGACUCUACGCAACUAUGGUUGGACUUUUACUUAGGACACUUCAUUGGAGAAUGUUUUCGUUUGUUUCAUGAACUUUCUCACUGUACUAUUAGUGUAUCCUCGUACGGAAGCAAACGUCCUAAACUUUGUCGUCUACCAGGACACGUUCCAUUGAACUCCUUCUUCAUACAGCCUAUUAUAUCCCAAAUUGAUGAUGCAAUAUUUGAAAAAAAAAGGGAUGCAAUAUUCAUUACUUUUUAUGUAGCUCUAACAGAACCGUUUCUCGCUUUUUAUGCAAUUUGUUUGUUUGUUUGGCAUUGGACCAUAGAUGAUUCUUUCCAGUCCAGUCUGCCAUUAGGCAAGACCUCAAACACUAGGGAGUGUGAUAAUGUGUGCGAGUACGUGUGUGUGUGUGUGAGGGAUUGAUUGGUUAACUAAACUCGCAAAUGACAUAAAGCCCAGGGCCCUCCGAGAUGCGAUCGGAAGAUACGUCCGUCUGUCUUGUGUAAAAGAGCUAGGGAAAUGAAGGUGGCGACGCGCAACAAUUGCAGUACAAAACACAAUAAACAACACUAACUGUAUGUUUUACUAGGGUAAUUCGUGACGGGGAGGAAUGUGGUGUCUUGGUGGUGUCUUGGUAGUGGUGGUGAUGUGAUGGUGGCAGUGAACUGUCCAAAGCCCAGAGCUUCGAUUUCAUCCCCCAAGAGUUAAUUCCAAUGGGUGUAGAAAGGCUGACAUUCAAGAAAAUGCUCAUCAAGAACUUUGAAGAGUGGAAUCAACACCAUCACCCACUACUACCACUACUGCUGCAUCAUGCAUUGGUGGCACUAAGUGUUGUUAUUACUAAUUGCUUGGUGUGCAAAUCACUCACGCAAAACCUGAACACCACAGGGCGACAGAAGAACAGAGCCGAGACAGGAGUUACAUUUUGUAGUAGAUUAAAAAAAGGGCAGUGUACAAACCUGCUGCUGGGUAAGAGGGUGUGUGUAUGAGGUGGUAGAAUUUGAAUUGGUACCCAUGCCUCCCCACCCCUUCACUCCUCCCCCCAACCCCACCACACUACUGCUAAAACACAGGGAAAACGAAUCAUUGAGGAGAAGGAGUAAGAGUAGUAGCUGGUUGUAACUUUGGUUCAUGCUUCAGGAGAGAUCUUUUGCUUGAUCUGCUCAAACUGGGUUUUUUAAUAAUCAAAAAACGUGAUAUAUAGUUUCAAGUGCAAUUGCAUCUGGUAUGCUAUUAGUUUUUUGCUCUCCUGGACACUCUCCUGGCCCCAUCAACUCCAAGCCUAGGACAGUCACCACCGAAAGCAUCAUGACUCCCUCUUUCGGCAGCCCUGUCUGUGUCCCUUAUCUCCUAGUUUUAGUUUUUAUUUGGUGUGAUAAACCCCCCCCACCCCUCUCUUCACCCCUUGUACCUUCCCUUAGUUGUGUAGUUCAUCCAUUUGCAAUACUUUCAUUUAUAGAGAUUUUUUUUAAAUUAAUGUAUCAUUUACAAAUUCUCCCCACCUCUCUACUUUCGGACGCUCGGUUGUGACACCAAUCGCCAAACGCGAUAACCAAGCAAGGUUUUGGUGGUGUCCCGUUCCAACGCUCCGUUACUACCCCCCCUCGCCCACCUCCGACAGAUCUCAUUUGAUAAUGUGUGUGAGCUGCUAAGCGCGCAAACCUAGGGGUUUGGUAGGGUUGCGUUUUGUCUUUUCUCGAUUCUCGAUAGACUCCAUCCCCUCAGAGUAGACGAAACAUUAGGCGGCAGCGUGGCGUUUGCAUUGCGUAGCAGCGGGCAGACAGAAGAAGCAUUUUUUAGUAAAAUAAGAAGAGGCCGCAACCGGGAACUUUGGGUUUCCAUUCCACAGUCUGCUGGCUGCUGCUGCUGCUGCUGCUCCGUACGCUUGUCAGCUGUCUAGGUAGGGGGAAUUGGAGGACACGCGCACUAACCGAGCAGCUUGCCUGUUGUUGUACAUUUCAAACGACUCAUGGACGAAGCGGGAAGAACAUCAUCCCCGCCCGCCGUUACUUGAUUCGAUCGGGAAGGAUCGGGAUUUUUUCCGGCCAACACCGACGAGAGAUCCUGUUCCGGCAAACGCACAGCAGUGUGUGUGUGUCGAGUGGCCAGGUUUUUUAGUCCUAAAGAAAGGCAAGCAGCUUUCUCUGCACCAUUGCGUCCGACUCAUUUGAAAUGUGUUCCAACACUCUACCUAGCGAUCCCAAACCCCGGGCUCGUUGAAUAUGCGCUUUUUGUUUGUUUGUUUUAUUGUGUAACGCUUUUCCUUUGCAAUAAUUGUAUAUUCUUUUUCUCUUCUGCACACUCUGUGCCCAUUGUUGUGCCACAUGUUUUGAUGGAGGUUUCUACAGUGAUUUUGGUACAGUCCCUUAAAUUAUGUUUGGUCGCUUUUUUGUUGUUGUUUCCCUUGUGUCGUCAUCUCCAUGCCAUCCGCGCCGGUCCGCUAUUAGUGGUGUAGAGUGAAACCUGCCCGAAACGAUACGUAAAAAAGUACAAAAAAUACCCUUUAUUUCCUUUAUACUUAAGUGUUUAUUUCAUUAUUUUGUCCCUCCUCACCUAUCUUUCCAUUUCUUUGUCUUUUUCCUCCCCAAAAAAACAAAAUUUUCCAACGUGCCCCUUGAGCAAACACUUCAAAGUAAUACUGGCCGCUCAAGAGCAAAUUAGAUAUUCACACCACGUGGAUACUUACAUCAUUUUUGAAUCCCGAGUUGAGCGGACAACUUUUUGAACUCUUUUGUGCUGUAACGAAAUCCAAAAUAAAAAAAUACUCCAAUUGGUACCUGAAUCUGGCCAAGCACAUUUUCUCCAUACUUCGUGACAUUACCUUGCCCUGGCAGAAACAAAAAUCGAAUGAUCGAUCGAGGCAAGCUCAAACUCAACCCUAUUGCUCCUUAAUUUUUAUUAUCUUUUUCAUACUUUUCCUCCCUUCUUUUCCCUCUUUUUUUCACCCCCUCCUCCCCACUUCCUUUUUGUUUAAAAGAAAAACAAUUAAAGAACUAAAAAAAUACAAAAAAAAAAGAAACUGUUCGUUUCGGGCUCAAUUCUACACCACAAAGCGCGCACAAGCGAGAGCGACAUGGCAUGGAAAUGACCCGUAUAUCUAUUGGUUUACAAAAAAAGGUUUGUUAUGUGUUUACGCUAUAACCAAUGUUUUGUUGUUGUGGGAGAAUCUGCAAAAUUGGUUUAGUGGCGGGAUGAAGUGAAUCAGAAGCAAACGAACCAAAUAGGAGACAAGGGUGAAGAUGUGAUUUGUGAUCCAGUGAUCAUUCGGGCAAAAAGGACGAAACAAACUCACUCCAAGCAAAAAACACUGACAUACACAAACACAGACAGGCCGUGUGUGUGGUGGUGGUGGGUGGUGUAGAAGGGGCAAGAGAAUGGACAAACCACAACUCUAAUAUAAAUAUAUAUAUAUAUACACCUUUAGUAAGUGAGGAUAGAAAUGCGUCGUGUGCGUGCGGAAGGACAUUUUGAAAGGAAUUUCCGGUUGUGCCACUAUUUGGUUCUCCGAGCUUGUAUGGAGAACUGUUUGUCCAGGCUCUGUCCAGGUCGGUCCGCCUUCCUGCCACUGGCGCAAAACGAAACAAAAACCCCCGGCGGGAGGAUUUGUGGCUCUCUGUGUGGUGGCGUGUUGCUCUGUGCGGGAAUCAUCCGAGCGUUCCGCGCCGCCGCCCCCCCCUUUGCGAAGCAGAUGAAGCAGCAUUUCGUUCGUUGUGGGUUAGAGCUUUAGCACACUAAAGCGAGCACUUCGUUCUGUAUAUUACAGAGCGGUGUAAGGAAGAGUACCACCGGGGAGAUGGGGUGCGAUGGAUUGGCGUGCCGGAAUGUGACACACGAACGAUCUACAGCAAACAAACCAAACCACUGUGUAGUUCGGUUACGUUCCGGUGCGAUCAGCUACGAAACGAUUGACCAAGUAUUAAUGCGUCCGUUUCGUGGGGGUGGGGAGGUAAGCGGGUGAUCGUUCGCUUGCCCCGCGCGGGAGAAAGACAGAGAGCCGCACAUGAUGUCCCCACGGGUAUGGCGGGUAAUGGAGGAAGAAUCUUGGACUAUGGGGCGGGGACCUAGGUUAAACCUUACCUCCGUUAUGCUGGACGAACAGCAUAUAAACGCCUUUGAUCAUUGAUCGUAAAGAGAUCAUAUCGCGAUUACUAGCUCUAUUAUAGGCGUGUGUGUGUGUGUGUGCAAAUCUUUGCGAGGAAAUAAAACCAAGUUAAAACAGGAAGAAGUGUGACAUCCCUCCCCACACACACACACACAUCUACACCCUUCACACAAACACACACACACACAUACACAAAGCAACAACUUUUUAGCAUAAACACUAAGAGAAAUAGACAUAUGCAAGACAGAUGAGAUGGCGGCAAUAAGGACGGGGAGCAGUAGUGGUGGCGGUGGGGCGGGGUGGGUGAUGGUGAUCGCGCUCUGUGAAGCAGCAUCGCCACCACACAGCAGCAGCAACCACAACUCCCAUCCUGUGGUACACAUUUUGCAAGCAUAAAGCGAUCGGAAAGCAGGCAGGCAGAGUAGUCAGCAGAGACAGCUCGCGCAGCCAGACAAAUAAGACAAGCAAACAAACAAAGCAAAAGCCCGACACGACAAAACAAACAAGAAGUCUUAGAAGUAUAAUAUUAAUGUUAAAUUCGCGAAACUGCUAGUGGUUAAUGAAGGUGCAUAUAAAAGGCGCAGCGAGACGGCUGCAGCUGAUGGUGAAGCGCAACUUGAAGCGCCGGACGACGAGAGGUGUGAGAUGAGAAACAUUGUACAGAGAGAAACAGCAACA